UAAUAUCGUGUAAUCAUUAUUAUCGUUCUACAAGGAUAGUUCCAAAUAGUUCAUAGUAGACAUACCUACCUGCAUGCUCGUUUUAAUUUUUAAAUGUUUUACAUAAGUGGGUGCGCAUGCAGUUAGUCCCAACCAUUGAAGAACUAUUAAUUUCAUAUAUUUCCUUAUUUAACAAACAAAAAAUAUAAUAUUGACGGUAUAAGUACCUUACCAGGCAACCUUUUUUUGAUAAGGUGUGUAUUGACGAGUUUAGAACGCUGGUGCAAAAACGAUUUGUGCAAAUCAUUAUUAUGGAAGUUAUAGCCUUCCAAAAUGUAUACUCUUGUGCACAACACUACAAUAAUGCCGCAAAUGCCACUAUAAUGUCACACAACCAUAAAAUGGAUGGACGACCUUCAGUUAGGCUACUGAGGCGACCGGAGCCGGCAGGCGAAGUGACCCAUUAUAAUACUUGUGUUACUGUAACUAACAUUGUUAGUUUACCUUCUAGGUUAUUCGUCUGCCCUCGACUUUAUUGCAUGAACGCAGCACAGCGAGCGUAUGGCCACACUUGCAUCGCUGUGCGCAAAUUGCAAAAUGCAAUUUUUUACUCUGACAUUCUUGAGGUUCAUUUGCUUUCAAAUGAUUCCAAGCUUCCAAGUCAUUCCCAAAAUGUAUACCUGGUGACAACUAAAAGUAAAUUGGAAAAGCGAACUAAAGAUAUGGAAUCAAUUUCAUUACUAAGUAGCUUAUUUGAUAAAGUUACACAAUUUAAACUUUUAGAAAUAGUUGCUGUUGAAAUUGAAGGAAAAUGGUACAGAGGGAAAUUAAUUGGUUUCAAUGAAUAUCUAACUGAUAAUACCAGAAUUGAAUUAAUUGAUUAUGGCUCUUUGUAUGAUACUAAGUUGGAAAAUCUGUUUGUCCUUCCAUAUUAUUUUAUGUAUGAACCAUUAGCUUUACCAGUCACAUUCAAAGAUGAUUUUAUUCCGAAGAAAACAACAUUUUCUAUAAAACCCCUUCUGCCAGAAAGUAAUCUAUUCAAUGGUGCUGUUCUUGUUCAAGUUAACUGCAAUGAUACAAAGUUGGAAAAUGGUGUUAAUGAAAAACAAAUAUUAGAAUCAAAAACAGACUUAAACUCUGCUAAUGGUCAACAAAUUAUAAGUGUUCAAAAUAUGACCAAUGGUUAUGAUAAUAGUGAAUUAAGGAUCAACUCUGCAAAUGAUUCAAAAAUUAUAAGUGUACACAAUAAUAUAACCAAUGGUCAUGAUAAUAACGAAUCGAGCUUAUAUCUAUCUAGUAGUUCCAAAAAAGAUAGCUUUUUUAGCAAAGAAAAACUUAAUAAUGUGCCAUUUAAAAAUAAGGACUAUUGCAUUUUGACUUAUUUUGAAGAUUUCACUUGUUUGUAUGUUGGUAAAGCUAUAAAAUCUGAUAAUGGCAGUUAUGAUUUCGCUGAUGGUAUAAUUUUAACGAAAACUGCCAAAAGUACAGAUAAAAUAAUAAAGAAUCAUCCAGUUGUGGGAGAUAUGGUCAAAGUUUUUUCACCCCACUUUGGUGAUUUAUUUAGAGCAAAAAUAUUAAAAAAUAAAAAUGGCAGUUAUGAUGUUUUCUACAUUGAUUAUGGAAACAUUGAAACAGUUCCAUCAAAUAUUAUUUAUGAAUUGGCUGAUGAAUUGAAGAAGCCUGGAAUAGCUGUGAAAAUAGGACUCUGUGAUUUAAAAAAUCAUCAAGUUACUAACCAAAUAAAAACCAUUUUUCAAGAAUUUUGUGAUGAUGGAAAGCCAUUUGUGAUAGAAUUUGAUGAAAACUCUAAAAAUUGUCUAGAAAAUGUGAAAUUGAAAGAUAUAGAAAAUGGAUCAUAUAUUAAUUCUAAAUAUUUAAUGAAAUGUACAUCAAUACAAUCUGAACUUACACCUGGACAAAUAGAUAAAAAUACUUCAAUAAUUCAUAAUAAUACUAACAGACUCAGUGAUUUAAAAAAUAAUGAUAUAGUUUUUUUAAAACAUUUUGAAGAUAUGGAUAAUGUAUAUAUUGUAAAGGAUGUACAUCUAUUAAAUAAUGUACUGGUAAAAUGUAAUCAAGAUAAGACUAAUAUAUGUAAAAAAGAGUUAAAUGUAGGAGAUAUUGUUAAAAUUGUACUUGAAACAUCUCAAUAUCGUGCCCAAAUUAAAGAUGUUGAUAGUAAUGAGAUUUAUGUACAAAAUAUUGAUUUUGGAUAUUGUGAAUUCGUUAAGGCAAAUUCUGUUUGUGAACUACCAGAUGAACUAAUAGAGAUUCCUGGAUUAGCUAUUAAGAUUGGAAUUAAAGUACCUUUUGUGAAGAAGACGCGUGACUUAGACCAUUUUAUUACAAAUAUUGAAAAAAUUCCAUUAUACAUUGAAUUUGAUGAAAGAAAUUCCAGUAGAUAUCAAGAAAUUACUUUAAGGAGAAAAGACAACUCAUUAAAUAUUUUUGAAGAGUUUUUAAAAUUAAAUAAAAAUCAAUUAAUUUGUAAUGAAAUUUCGAACAAUUGUGAACAAAAUGACGCAAUAAUUAAAUCAAAUGAAAGUUUAAUCAAUGAUUUCCAAAGUAUUAUAUUGAGAACUGGAGAUUAUUGUAUAGUUUCUUAUUUCAAAGAUUUUAAAACUAUUUAUUUGUGUAAAGCUAUAAAAGACUGUGAAGAUGACACUUAUAAAAUGCAUAAUUUGCCUAUUAUUUUGAAGACUAUGGAUAGUGAAGAUCGAAAUGCAAAAACAAAUCUAGUCAUUGGAGAUAUUGUCAAAGUAUUUUCACAUUCGUUCCAAGAUUUUUAUAGAGCUAAAAUAAUAAAUAUUGAUAAUAAAGAUUUCUAUGUUUCUUAUAUUGAUUUCGGAAAUACAGAGUUAGUUCAUUUAGCUGACAUAUUUGAACUUUCAGAUGAAUUGAAAAAAGAGACUAUAUUACCAACUCCAGUAUCUAUUGAAGUUCCUCCAAAUGCCGAAAUAACAGAUGAAAUUCAAAAGUUCUUUACAAAGUUAAUAGAUGAUACUGUAGUUCUAUGUAUUGAAAGCAAAAAACAAAAUAUUGAUGGUUCAGAAAAUGUAAUUCUUAAAGAAUUGAAGUCUGGUAGUUUGGUGAACACUGAAGUAUUGAAGUUACUACCAAGUGAAAAGAUACCAAUCAAAAAUUGUGAAAAUUCUACUUUAACACUUGUUGAAGAUGUUAAGUGUGCUGAUAUUGCUAAAGCUCAUGAUUUACAAAAUGUUAAAAUAUUAAAGAAAACUGUGGAUAGUAGUACAGCUGAUAAUAUUCAAUUAAAAAAUGAAGAACAGAAACAAUCACCAGUUGUUAUUGUUGACAAUAAAAUAACGCAAAAGACACUUAAGAAUAGAGAAAUAGUUUAUUUAAGGUAUUUUCAUGAUUCAUCGUCUGUAUUUGUUUCUCGAGGUUCUAAUGAAGAUUUAAAACUGUUUACUGAUGUAACUGAAAGAACUGCAAUGGAUGAAUCAAAAAAGAAAAAGUUGGACAUCGAAGUAGGAGAUAUUGUUAAAGCAAUAUUUGAGAAUACAAUGUAUAGAGCUAAAAUACUUAAGAAAGUUGAUAAAAAUCAUUUCUAUAUUUCUUUUAUUGAUUUUGGAAAUGAAGAAACAGUUAAUACUGAUGACAUUUUUGAAUUGCCCGAAGAAUUAAAAAAGAUUCCUGAUUUGUGUAUAAAAAUUGGCAUUAAAGGAUCACCAAUAGUUGAUAAAUCCCAUGAUAUAGUGUCAAGCUAUCUAGAAGAGUUAGAAGAUCAACUUUUAUACAUUGAAUAUGACGAAGAAAACCCGAAUGGACUCAGAGAAGCUAGUUUAAAAAAAAAAUCAAAUAAUUGUGAUGUUUUUAAUGAAUUUUAUAAAAUUUUGGACAAUCCAAUAGAUACUAAAGAAGAAUCUAUUCAAAAACCCCAAAAUACUAUUGAAAAUGAGACAGUGUUGAUAAACUCACCUGAACUAGAAGUCAUAUACAAUAUUGAAUUGAGAACUGGUGAUACUGUUUUUUGUACUCAUUUUGAAGAUUUUAACCACCUAUACCUUUGCAAAGGUUCUAAAAAUAAUACUAUACCAGACAAUUAUAGUGUGAUCACAAAUUCUAAAAAGACAAAUGAUAUUAUUGUAAAAAAGAAUCCUAAAUAUAAGGAUAUAGUAAGAGUGAAAUUUGAAGAGAAAAUUUUCCGUGCUGAAGUACUUGACAAAUGUGGAGAGAAGUAUUCUGUAUUCUUAAUAGAUAUUGGAAAAAAUAUAGAUGUGCUUGGUUGUAACAUCUACGAGCUUCCAAAUAGUUUAAAAAAUAUUCCUGGUCUAGCUCUAAAGGUUGGUCUUAAAGGUACAACAGGUUUAAAAAUAACUACAACUGUUAAAGAUUAUUUUUAUAAUUUGUGGCAAAAUGAUCCAGUUCCAUUAUUUUUAAGGUAUGAUGAGGGUAAUUUCAAUUAUUUAAAUGAAGUAAGUUUAGUUAAACAAAGUAGUGGACAAGAUAUUGUUGAGGAUUUAGUCAAGAUGUUUAGUACAUCUGACAACAUGUCAAAUAAACCUAAACUGGCUACAUCUAAUUCUCAAGGAACAAAAAGUAAUGGGUCAAGUAUCAAUAAUUGGCAAAGUGGUGAUCAUGUUGAAGUUGUAUUUGGAACUAAUGUUGAUAAUAUUUUUGUAAGAAAAAUAAAAUUAUAUGAAGAAUUUAAAAAUGUUUUAAACCAACUAAAAGGAGAAAAUAGUGAAAAUUGCAAACCAAUAGCCUCAAAGAGUAAUGAUAUUGUGGCUGUUUAUUCUACAAAGAACAAUGGGGGGAUUUAUAGAGCUAAGGUCUUACAAGGUUGUGACAAUACAAGUAUGGUCAAAUGUUCUUUAAUUGAUAUUGGUCAAAUUGAUAUGAUUCCAUCUAAAAAAGUAUUUUCAUUGCCUCCCUAUGUUUCAUCGAAUAAAAUACCAACAAUGGUUCGCAAAGUUUCACUUGCCGGUUUAAACAGAAUCUUAAAUUCUAAUAUAUCAUCAUAUCUAUCUUCAUUGAAAGGAAAGACAUAUGUUAUGGAAUAUGAUAAAAAAUCUGAACAAUGGAAUAAACAAGAUGUUAUAUUAAAAGAAUUACGAAGCAGUGUGUCUCUUAAUGAUGAAAUACAAAAGUUAUUUUCUAAUGAACCUUCACCUAGGGAGCUUAUAUCUCAGCAGCGAAGAUUAGAAAGAAAAAUUAUCAUACCUGAGACAAAAGAAAGUCCAUUGGAGAAACCAUCUCAUCCUAUUAAAAGCGGUUCAUCUGUUUUCAUAACACAUUUUGAGAACUUCAAUUCAAUUUUUAUCCGUGAUGCAUCCUAUGAAUUUAUUGAAAACUUUAAUACAUUCAAUAAACAAAUGUUGAAAUAUUAUAGAUAUGCUAAUAACACCACCAAAGAAAUGUUGAAAGUUGGUGAUAAAGUUUGUGUAAACUCAUUAUUAAAUGUUAUUAUGUAUUGUCGUGCUCGUAUUACGAAUAUAAUUGAUAAUAAAUACAAUGUUUUUUACUUGGAUUAUGGGAAUACAGAAAUAGUAAAUGCUGAAGAUAUAAUGGAUUUGCCAAAAGAAUUAGAAAAGUUUCCAAAUUUUGCUAUAAAAGUUCAACUUCAAAACAUGCCACCAUUGAAUACAAAAAAUGAAAUUCAAGUUAUCGAGAAUCAUUUGAAAAAAAAUUUCAUUAUACCUAAUGCAACACUUUCUAUUGAAUUUAAUGAGUUUAAUCCAAAAGGCCUUAAUGAUGUCGUUUUGAGAACAGAGUAUUAUAAAAAAGAUAUUGUCGAGGAUAUCAAUGACUUGCUAAAUGCACCACCAUUGAAUAUUAAAAUAACAAGUACUAAUUAGAUGUCAAAAUAGAAAUGCAGAACAACAAACUACAUCUCAUGGCAAGUUUUCCUACCCUGUACAAAAAUUGUUUUAAAUUGUUGCAGAUUGUAUUAAAUACAUUAUGUACCUAAACAUUUUUUUUUUAAUUUUAUGUUAUUCUAAAAGAAGGUGCUUUUAUUUUUUACAUUUUUAUUCAUUAACCAUGUUAUAAUUUAGUUAUUAAGGAGUUUUUAAAUAUUCAAUUGUUUUUAUAUAUUUUAAUAAAAGAAGAGCAAGAGAGCUAUUUUGAUCUUA